CUCAUUCUAAAACCCAACUCUGAGAUUCAUUCAACGCAAUCGUAACCAGUUGUUGAAGAAGAAGAAGACAGGAAAAAAGGAGGGUAAGAUUAUCCCGCGCCACACGUCGACGUGUUGGAUCUCAUCGCCAUCUCCAACUUGGAAGGGUUCCUCAACCCACCAACAAUCACCCCCAUCUUAUCAAUUCAUGAUCGACGGUCAUGGAUCACUCACACUUCCUUCACCAACAACACCAUCACCAACGCACAAGAUACGCUACUCUACAACCUCAAUCUCAUCAUCACAACCCUAACCACCUACCUCCGCCGCCUCUUCCUCCCCCUCCUCCCCCUCCCCCUCCUCAGACACUCUCAUACCGCACCAUCCGCACCCCUCCUCCUCCACCCUACAACAACCCUCAACCUCAUCAAUCCCAACAAUUCCCUUUCAACUCCUCCACCAACCACCACAUCCACGCCGCCUUCUCCAAUCGGAUCCUCUCCGAUGACAUCCUCCCCCGCCGUACCCUCCCUGAUUUCGACCGCCGCAAACCUGAAACCUCCUGGAACCCUAGCCCCAGGGUCGUCCCCGAUGAUCGGCCGCUCAGGAGUUACCCUCCCGUCGAUUUCGACCGGGAAUUGCAUCAGCAUCAGCAUCAGCAUCAGCAUCACCGUCCUCCUCCUCAGUCGUAUCCGCCGAUCGACAAUCUCCGGUACGAUCCGGAGGGUGGGACCUCGAGGUUGAGAAUUGAGCGUGUGGAAGCCUACGAUGGAAACCCUAGGGUGUGGGAUAGAGGAGGCGAUGGAAACUAUCACCGCCGCGUGCUCGACGCGGAACCUGGCGGCGGCAUGGGGGCGUCCAGGGAAUCGGAUAUUGAUUUGAAAUCUGGUGGUUAUGUUCGUGUGUAUGGUGUGGAAUGUGAGGAUGAAGUGGCCACAAGGGGUGGCAGAGUUGAGAGCAAGAGGUGGGUGAAUGAUAGGAAGGGAAUUAGAGAGUUGCAUGAUUCUUCUUCCUUUGAAGUGGGGAAUAACGAGAUUGGUGCUGCAUCGAAACGAGAGUAUUAUGGUUCAGAAACGGCUAGGUAUAAUUACAGAGGGAACAGCAGGGACUCUGGUCAUGAAUUUACUCGCACUCCGCCUAAGAAGCAGAUACAGAAGAAGAGUGCUCUUCUUAGACUUCAGACGGUAAAACCCAAUCAUAGGAACCGCGAGAUUGAACAGUUACGUUAUCCUGGCUAUGCUCCUGAUUCUAACUCUAAUUUCUUCAGGGGUAGGGAGCACCAACAUGGGUAUUCAGGUCAUGGGAUGAAAGCAGAAGAGAGAGAGGGAAGCCCUGUCGACCUUGAUAUCUCAUUCGAAUCAAAUUCCCUGGUGGCCAAAGCUAUUGUGGCACCUUCAAGUUCGGCCCCUGUUUCGGAUUCGAAUAUGAAUCCUGUUUCUGAUACAUAUUUGAGUUCUGCUGAGAAGAGUAAAAAGGUUUUCGUCUCUGAACUAUCUACACCUGCUGUAAAUUUAAAUAGUUCACCAGGGAAAGCAAGUGACACCUCUAGUUCUGUCAAGGACUUGAGCCUGCAGAAGAAUGUCCCCGAUGUUUCUUCUCAGCCUAGCACCAGUGUGACCCAUAAUCCUCAUGGGAAAAAUGAGGUGCUGCAUUCAGUUGGAAAUACCAAUAGUAAAUCAUCCCCAAGGGUUGUCAAGAAGAAAAAAAUAAUUGUCAAAAAACUGGUGAAGAAAGCUGCUAUAAAUCCUAAUUCAACUGUGUCAAAUUCACUAUCAGCAAAUGUGGUUUGUGGAACUGUGCAAGCAGAUAGUGUCAUACCUAGUUCAUCAACUGCCUCUGGUCCUGACAAAACUAAAGGGAAAAGCACCGCUGUUGACAAGGUGCCUGUGGCUGACUGUUUGCACUCUUCACCAAACAAAGGGAAUGUAUUGACUGAAGAUAAAAAGGGAGAUAUAUCCCUUAGUUUGGGGCCACAUUCCAGGUCACAGGAAUGUAACACUGAUGAAGAUUCUGAUAUUGGGAAAGUAUCCAGGUUUGAGAGAGGUGGAAACAUUUCAAAUUCUCCAUCUCAGGCAUCUAGUAGUGAAUAUAAAAAGAGUGAUUCUUAUUGUUUAGAUGCAAAUAAUUCUGUUCUUGACUUGCCUAGCAUGCCAAAUACUGACAAGGUUACUGAAUCAUUAAAUGGAAGUACUUUUUCAGAAAUCAAUCACAUGGAUUAUGAUAAUAAGCAAUUAUGUCAGAUUGAAGUGUCUCUAUCACCUGGGAAAUAUUCAAAUUUAGGAUGCCCACAGAAUAGCAAUCUUGUGGACUUAGGGGAUGAAAUGAAUUACAGAUUUUUUAGUUCAGCUGACAGUACAACUAACACAGAUCUUAUAAAUAUAAGUAAUUCUGCCAAUGACAGGGUUUAUGGCUUCAAUUCCAAUGAUCUUACAAGUUCAAAAGAGAUAUUUAUUGUUACUGACAGUGGGAAUAAUGGCACUGUUGGUAAGGCAUAUAGUGAAAAUAUGGCAUCUACAAUCCCUCAGUAUGCUAUUCUGGAAGAAAAUUCAGAUACAGCCAUCCCUCUGCAAAGCAGUGGAAUGGCUGCUUAUUCAAGUUCAGGAAAAACUAGGAUUCAAGAUGGUCUUGAUUGCCUACAACAUGCCAGUGUACUGAAGCAGGGUUCUGAUAGUGGAACAUCUAAUUUAGAAGAUAGUAUCACUGUUCACCAUUAUGGUGUCAUGAACGAUGCUGGAAAGCAGGUGUCCCCCCGUGAUGUCACCAUUACCCCUGAGAAUUGUUACACAGAAGAAACUUUCCCAAAAUCCAAUAUUUCAGUUGGGUCUGGCGAAGGGGUUACGAAUAAGAUAAAAAAGAGAACAGUUAGGACUCGAAUAAAAAUUUUGAGUUCAAAGAUGGAGGGCAUAUCUCCAGACUGUGUAAAUCCAGUUAGCCAAGCAAAUGAUGUUGAUAGAGGCUCAAGUCUGUUGUUGAAGGAUCCAUGUCCUUCGGAAGUUAUAGAUCAACCUGUUCAAAGCUUAUAUUUUAACUCACAGCCCAGUUUGGAUGGGGUCAAUGCUUUACAUGGGAAAAGGCGGUUUUUAGAGGCUAAAUUUCAUGUUGGAAAUAAUGACUCUGAUGAAGCAAAUAAGGUUUCAUCAGUUUCUAAAAGGAAAAAAGUCACUUCUAGUCACCCAAAUUUCACUCAAAGUCAAUCUGAAUUCAGCGAUGCUAUUGUGGCUUCCACAUCUAGUUCAGAAGUUCCUAUCAGUUUCAGUGAUAACCAAGCACAUCAGAAAGAAGAAGUUGCAUUGUCAAGCAUGGGUAUUCUGUCCACUGCUCAGUCUAUGCCUUAUUCAGAGGAUAUUGCUAAAUUGUCUGACAAUAUAUUGGCUGUAGGAUCUUUUGAGUCUAUGGAUGUAAAUAGGGAAACAACGAGUUCUGAGCAUUUGGAAUUGCAGCCCUCAGAUAUUGUCUCUUGUUCAUUGUGUGAGGACUUGGCCUCUCCAAAUGUUCAGCUCUCAUUGGUGGAAGGUGAGCAGAAAGAAAUUAUUACUCCAAUUGUGCCUAUAAGUAAUAUUCAAACUGACAUUAUGGUGAUUGGAAAUAUUACGGGAGAAAAGAAUGAUUUACAGGCUGUUGAAGAAAGUUUCCAGUAUAGAGACUUUAUGCAAAGGUCUCCAAGUGCUGAUAUGGAAUCUAAUGAUCUUAAUGUGAAGGAUGAUUUACUUGCUCUGCAGAACCUUAUGUCGUGUCCUCCUGAUGUUGAUGGUGUCACUACCAGUAAUUCAAAUGAUGAAUUGAUUGAGGAUGUGCCUGAUGCAUUAUCAGAUAUGUGUUCUCAAGGUAUGCAAUCUGAAGUACCUGAUAGAGGGAUUUUAGAAUUUACAGCAAUCCAUGAUGAAAACAUUUGUGGGGAUGAAGAAAAUCUGGAUGAGAUAUCUAUGAGCUCUGACUUACAUACGUCAUCAAUACAGCAUCCUAGAAAAGUUAUGAAGUCAGAUCAUGCAAUUGGAUGUAGUGACCCAAUCGUGAGGAAGAUAAUGCCACAACCAUCCCAAGUUUACUCCAAAGUUACAGCUAAGGGUCUAAAUUCACAUUAUUCAGAAUUAAAUAUGAGCAAAAAUCAGCCUGGUGGUGUCAUUCCUAAAACUUUCCAGGGUCAUUCUUUCACCUUUUCAAAGUCAAAGACAAAGACAUCUGCCUCCUCAACCCAAAUAUCUAUACCUCGAACUUGGCAUCGUACAUGGAAUAAUUCUCCUGCUUCUCUACCUGGAAUCAAGCCUUCGGUAGGUACAGUUCCUCCCAAAAGGCCAAUUCUAGAAGGGAAAGGGAACUUUCAGAAUACUUCUUACGUUCGUAAAGGUCACAGUCUCGUAAGGAAACCUACUCAAGUUUCUGCUUUACCUCAAAUCUCCUCUGCUAAUCAGUCACCUUCCUUGGGCUUAGGUCAAAUCCCAAAGAGCACCAGAUCUAAAAACAGGGCUGAUAUGACAGAUCAACCAAUCUACUUGAAAACAGAAGUAACAAAUGUGCCUCUCGAGAGGCAGAGAACACCUCCACUAUCCGUUGACACCAAACCAGAGGAAAAUAUAUCUUCCCCAUUGGUAGAACCUCCUUCCAGUGGUUGCUGUGAAAAUGCAUCAGAACCUAGGAAAUUUGUGGAAACUAAAGAUGCACUGAAUCAUUAUGAAACUCCUGAAAAUCAAUCUGGUCCAUCUAAUAAUGGGGAAAGCGAAGUUGAAGCGAAUGAUGGGAAUAUUUCUUCUUUGAACACCAAGAGAAUAGUAUAUGUAAAGCCCAAAACAAAUCAAUUGGUUGCAACCUCAAAUUCUUGUGAUGUUUCUGUCUCUACUGAUGACAAGGGCCAAACAGCUUUCUCCGAUGGCUACUACAAGAGGAGCAAAAAUCAAUUGGUUAGGACUACAUUUGAAAGUCAUAUCAACCAGACAGUUGCAAUGCCCAAUAGUAAUGUAAAUUCUGAUGGGCAAGGGGCUAGUAAGGUUCUUUGCAACAGGAGGUUUAGUAAGAGGCGGUCACAUAAGGUUGCUGGAAGUUCAUGUAAACCUUCAAGAGCCUCAUUAGUCUGGACCCUUCGUGGCAAAAAUUCAUCCAAAAAUGACAGGGACUCAUGGCAUUAUCAGAAGGUUUUACCUCACUUGUUUCCAUGGAAAAGAGCAAUAUAUUUAAGGAGCUUCAUUCAUAGUUCUGCUUCAAGCUUCAAUAGUAGUUCCUUAUCUUCAAUCAGCAAGAAAUUGCUUCUGCUGAGAAAGAGGGAUACUGUUUACACUAGAUCGACCCAUGGGUUCUCUCUUUGGAAAUCCAAGGUAUUAGGUGUUGGUGGGUCUAGUUUAAAAUGGUCCAAAUCCAUUGAGAAGCACUCAAAGCAAGCUAAUGAGGAAGCUACACUUGCCGUUGCUGCAGUAGAGAGGAAGAAGAGAGAGCAGAAAGAUGCAGUUUGCAUCAGUUCUCAGGCAAAGAGAGAACGAAUAUUUCGUAUUGGUUCAGUUCGCUACAGAAUGGAUCCUUCCAGGCGGACACUUCAAAGGAUUUCAGACGAUGAAUCCAUGUCCUCUGCCUCUAUCUGUUCAGGUUUGGCUGCCAAAAGAGCUUACAUUCCGAGGAGAUUAGUGAUUGGAAAUGAUGAAUAUGUCCGAAUUGGCAAUGGUAACCAGCUUAUUAGGGACCCGAAGAAACGAACUAGAAAAUUGGCUAAUGAAAAAGUUAGAUGGAGCUUGCACACAGCCAGACAGCGGUUGGCUCGAAAGCAGAAGUAUUGUCAGUUUUUUACUAGAUUUGGGAAGUGUAACAAGGAUGGAGGGAAGUGUCCUUAUAUUCACGAUCCCUCUAAAAUUGCUGUCUGUACUAAGUUCCUGAAUGGUUUAUGCUCUACUCCCAACUGCAAAUUGACUCAUAAGGUUAUUCCAGAGAGAAUGCCCGACUGUUCUUAUUUUUUACAAGGCUUAUGCAGUAACAGAAAUUGUCCAUACAGACACGUCAAUGUGAACCCUAAAGCAUCUAUUUGUGAAGGAUUUCUUAAGGGUUAUUGUGCAGAUGGGAAUGAGUGUCGGAAGAAGCACAGCUAUGUCUGUCCUAGUUUUGAAGCAACAGGAACCUGUACUCAUGGAACGCAAUGCAAGCUUCAUCAUCCCAAAAAACAAAGCAAGGGAAAGAAAAGAAAGAGAUCUGGAGAUCAGAACAGCAGUAGAGGGCGUUACUUUGGUUCUAUCCCUGUUGAUGUUUCUGAACCUCGGAUGAUGAUGGCUCUAAUGCAAAUUCAACAUAAUGAUGACCUUGAAGGAGAACUUUCCGACUACAUCAGCCUCGAUGUUAAUGAAGAAGUUGCAGACACUGCUGAUCAAUCAUUCGAGCAAGCAACAUUGUGUGACAAUGAUUCCUUGGAUUCACAGUUGGAUAAUUGGGAUGAUCUUAUUAAACCAGUUCUUAUAAUGAAAACAAAAUUCACGCCGCAACAAUCUUAGUCCACCAGCCUGCAAGCUUGGGCAAGUGACGAAGACUUUUUAGACAGUUAUAAAUUAGGUAAAUUUAGGUGAUGCAGUCUUUUUCUUUUCUUUUCUUUUUUCUUUUUUUUUUUCUCUUUUUCUACCUCAUUGAUUUUGAAUGUUUAUCGUCAUUGUACACAAGUCAUCUUCCCCCUCCCCUUUAUUUUUAUUUGUUCACCAUUGUACAAUAACAUCUGAUAUAUAGAGAAAAAUUUACCUGCUCCCACAAGGGCAGUAGAGUUACUUAGAACCCAGCAAUUUGGAA